AUGAGUGCUAAAUUACUCUCAUCUCCUAUAAAAAAUCCGUAUUCGAAAUUCGCCCCAAAGUUUACCGCUCGUAGAGAACGCUCUGUGGAGAAGUCAUUUGAACAUGGGACUGUAGAAAAACCACAGGAAGAAACUUUGAAGGAUUUGGAUGAGGUGAAUGAGGAGCCAGUCGAGAAUCCUCAGGAAGGGCGUGAUUCAUUCAACAUUUUAGUUGAGGCUGCUCAAGAAGCACAAAAGAUGGGAGACGACAAUGAUGUAGAUUCAUCCUUGCAAAUUAAUCAGACUUCUUUAAGAUCGAAACCUACAGCCGAACCGUCUUCUCCCCGGUCUAACGAAGAUGAAUCCCAUCUUGCUCCUUUUGAAAGCUAUGAACUCUCUGGGCAAGUUAAAAAUGAGACACCUGUAGAUGAGAAUAUUCCUCUUUCGCAAUUAAGUUCUGUUCCCGUAAACCUUGAGGAUGAAAGUGCAUCUCAGUCGAAGCGAAUGACAAAUGCCUCGGUCCGAAGAAGGAAGCGUAAGCUUAUCGUCGAUAAUGUUGGAACUGAGAAGGAGAGUAUUAACGUAAACGAGACGAAAAUGUCGGCAUUGUGUGAUGAUCCCGGUAUUGGCAGAAAAAGUCAACGCUUCGUUGAAAUCGAAAAAAUCCUGUUGGAAGAAAAGUUAGCCAAAAGGAAACAACGUACCGGAUCCGUUACUCUUGCCAAGGAGGAGUCUCCACAGCGAGAUUUGCAGUCCGUGAACGAUACUUCACAAAUGAGCAUACAGGAACCUGAAGAAGAAGAAGAAGUUGUUGGGACUGUGGAAACUGAGCCGGAAGAAAAGGAUGUAGAAGUACCAGAAGAGUCUAAUGUGGCUUCCAAAUCUGUAUUGGACCAACUCGCUGAUAAGAUGGAUUCGGAUGGACAGUUUAAUCGCUCAAACGCUUCUGCUCCCAGAACACGAGUUGUGGAUGGCCAUAUUGUCUUGGAUGAAGCUUCUUUGGAAGUAGAUCGUCAUGAGCGAGAUUACGUACCUGAAGAAGAUCGUGAAUUCGUCGAAGAAAAUGCACUGUCUCGUAGGGUAACGAGUGCAACUUGGGGAAAUCGUCAAAAAUCAGAGAAAUGGAAGGCUGAUGAGACAGAGAAGUUCUACAAGACGCUUUCUCAAUGGGGUACAGAUUUUGCUCUUAUUUCUAAUAUGUUUCCAACUCGCAACCGUCGGCAAAUUAAGCUCAAAUUUAAGCAGGAAGAAAAACGUAAUCCUGCUCGAAUUAAUGAAGCGCUAAGGACUAAAAAGCCAGUCGAUAUGGAAGAGUACAGCAAAGAGUCCGGUAAAGUUUUUCGUCCUGUCGAAGAGGUCGAAAAAGAACUGGCUCAUAUACGAAGCGCUUUUGAAGAAGAAAGAAAGCGUGCUGUGGAAACUGCUGAACAAAGACAAGUUAUAGCAAACUAUGAAAUUGAGCAGGAGAGAAAUGCUCCUCCACCGAAACAAGAAAGAGAGGUUGUUUUUGAAGAAGGAAUUGAGGUAGUGGGUCAAGUGGUUUAG